AUGAGUGGGAGGAAGCGCAAGCCUGGCGACUACGCCAAGGCUGUCGGUGUGCACGCAUCACGCUCCAAAGAAAAGCAUAUUUUCUGUGGCGCCAACUUCCUACGCCUCAGCCUCCUGCUGAAGCAGAAAUCAGGAGGCCGAAAUGAUCGCUUCGAUGGCGAGACUCAGUAUCCAUUUGUGUUGCUACAUGAUCUUGCGCAGGAGCCUCAGGAUACCAAGCGAAUAGUGCCAUUUGGCCGACCCCAGGACCUGUGGGACUUUGAGAGGGAGUCGCCGGAGGGGCGUUCAUCCUCCGGGUUGGUUCUCUUUGUUCGGGGUUACCCGUCAGCCGACUGGGUCAACACGAUUGGGUCCAAGUACAAAAUUGACCCUGAAGUCUUUCGCGUAUAUUUGACUCCGCCAUGGACAGAGGAUGAAUUCUUUGACAUGCCGUCCUCUGUUCGGAUAGCAUCAAACACCAUCACUCUCAAAAUUCCUUCUAUUGGUAGAUGUACUGCCUCGACCAUCCCAUCAGCUGCCGCUGGGAAGUCCCUGGAACAGUACUGGAAGAAUGUGAAACCCGGAGAUUCAAUUGUUCGCAGUUAUUUCUGGCAUGAUCCAGAACUCUUCAGCAUUGAGCAACAUAUCACGAUAUCCGUGAAAAAGAGAGGUCAAGGGUGGUUUGUUCUCGUUCUUGUUGACAAUGGAAAAGAUCUUGAAGAUUGUCAUGAAGGGCCAUGGUUCGACAACGAUCCGCCCGUGGAAGAGGUCUUUCUCCCCGUUCUCCCUGCACUGCCAGGUGCUGCUCUUGACGAUGCAGCUUCAAAGGGCUUCGAAAUACCAAAACCACCGAAAGCAAGAGACCGAAAGAAUAGCAUACAAAGCGCAUCGUUACUGGGUCUCAAGUGUCUGGGCCGGCCCAUUGACCCGCCCCAGUCCGAUGUAGACCCGUUACUCGCGGUACAUGAUCUGUUCCUUUUCGCCAUAACAGCAGAGAAGCAGUUCUUAAACAUGGUUAAGACACGCAUAAGCAUGUCGAACCAUGGACCAUGGCUCGGCCACGAUUGGAUGCUCAAGACUCUGGACACUAUGUUGCACCAUCAAGAGAUCCUUCAGGAUCAUAUAGCGUACUUGGCUGAAAUCGUCGACUUUUUGGAAAACUACUCCCAACUACGCUGGGUGGGAGUGGAAGAGGCCAAGGAACAGCGUGACCACAAACUCUCCAUCUUGAACCGAGAAUUUUCAAACAUGCUCCGAAGCGCAACAGCGCUCUCUAGACGGUGCCAGGACAGAAUCGGCAAUUUGAGAGGAACAGUUGCCAUAAUGGACUCCAGAGCUGCAUAUGCCCAAGCCGAGACAAUCGGAAGGCUAACUAGGCUCGCGUUCUUUUUUGUACCAUUAUCUUUUUUGACUUCAUUUUUCGGGAUGAAUUUUGUGGAAUUCGGCACAGGAACUCUCGGUAUCUGGAUCUUUUUUACGAUUUGCGCGCCGAUGCUCGGGAUAUCGGCUAUUCUUGGAUUCAUGCAGCCGCUGAAGGCCUGGAUUGGAUAA